CAAAAUUACACAAAAUUUCUUCCCCGAGGGAAGUAUUUUGCUACAGUACAAUUUCCUGCGCGACCAAAAUAAUAAUCCAUCCAAUGAAAUUGCUCAAUUCUCAUAAGAGGCGGGACUUGUGGACGGGUGACCAAUGAGCGUCCAGAUGAGUCCACUUGUACUUCCUAGCUUGGUUGGCGUGUGCGUGUGCCCAUGUGGGUUUAAUGUUGUUAGAGAGAGCUUAUAAGGGAUCUAAUUUACACUUCUAAUUUACUCUAGUUUGACGCAAAGAGCAUUGCGCCAUGGCGUCGUCAUUUUUUAUCAAGGGAAAAGAAAACCCAAAGUUGGCCAAAAAGAGCAAAAAUACAGUGUCAAAACGCAAGAAUGAGGGAGACACUGGGAAAGUUAAUGCCAAAGUUAAGAAACCCAAUAAACACAACGAGGAAAUCUCCAGUGACUCUGAAACGGAAAGUGCCGCUGUGCCUAAGAGGAAACAGGCUAGGGAAGAGUUUGAAUAUGACGAAACACCCCAAGAAAAGAAGCUCAGACUGGCUAAGAAAUACCUUGAACAUCUGAGAGAGGAAGAGGAGAAAAAGGCAGAUGAUGAGUCAUUUGAGACAGAUUUGAUAGCAGGAAGGCUUCAAGAAGAAGUUCUUGAACAAAAAGGAAAACUCCAACGACUUAUUGCUAAAGAUUUAUUGUCUCCGGAUGAGUCAGAAAUUCGUGUUUUAAGAGGUCACAAACUUUCUAUCACCUGUUUGGUCAUAUCUACUGAUGAAAAAUACAUCUUCUCUGCCUCCAAAGACUGCUCAAUAAUUAAAUGGGAUGUUCCAAGUGGAAAGAGGCUACACACAAUUAAAGGUGUAAGAAAAGGCUCAGGAGACCAACAGGUUGGACACGCUGCCUGUAUCCUGUGUAUGACCAUAUCAUCAGACGGAAAGUACUUGGCUACUGGAGAUAUGAAUAAGCUAAUCAUGAUUUGGGAAGCUGACACGUGUAAACAUCUCUACAGGUUUACAGGGCAUAAAGGUCCAGUCUCUGGGCUUUCAUUCAGAAGGGGGUCUCACGAUUUGUACAGUGCAUCCCACGAUCGAUCUGUGAAAGUCUGGAAUGUGGAUGAAAAUGCCUAUGUUGAAACGCUAUUUGGACAUCAGGACUCCAUCACGGGGCUGGACAGCUUGAGUCGUGAGCGCUGUGUGACGGCCGGGGGUCGUGAUGGCACUGUUCGAGUGUGGAAGAUCACAGAGGAGUCACAGCUCGUGUUUCAUGGACAUAAUGGCUCAAUUGAUUGUGUCCAACUCAUAAAUGAGGAGCACAUGGUAACAGGAGCUGAUGAUGGCUCUGUGUGUCUCUGGAGUGUGAACAAGAAGAAGCCUGUCGCCACGGUGAAGCAGGCCCAUGGUUGUCAUGGUGAUCCUGGUCUUGAGCGCCCCCUUUGGAUAACAUCUGUGGCAGCACUGCAAAACUCUGAUACCGUCGCCUCAGGUUCUCACAGCUCUGAGGUGCAGAUCUGGAAGUGUGGUCACAACUACAGAAGCAUGGAGCUGCUGUUCACAGUGCCUGUGCCUGGUUUUGUGAACAGCUUGAAGUUCUCCAGCUCGGGUCAGUUCCUUGUGGCAGGAGUGGGACAGGAGCACAGAUUGGGCAGAUGGUGGAGACUAAAAGAAUCAAAGAAUGGGAUUUAUAUUAUUCCACUGAAGAGGAAACAGCCCACUGCUGAGGAUGCCAUUGAGACUGAGACGUGAUGUCUUGGGUUU